GUAUCUUUGUACUUUCCAGGCAACAUGGGAACUAUGCGUUGUCGGUUCUACGAAAAUCAUUUUCCUGAUAUCGAGGAGACAGUAGUGGUAAAUGUUCGGCAAAUAGCUGAUAUGGGUGCUUAUGUGAGCCUUUCUGAAUAUAAUGGGAAAGAAGGUAUGAUCCUGCUGUCCGAACUGUCUCGUCGACGUAUCCGAUCAGUUAACAAAUUGAUUCGAGUGGGCCGCAGUGAAUGCGUAGUCGUUAUUAGGGUAGACAAGGAAAAAGGAUAUAUCGAUUUGUCAAAGAGGCGUGUGUAUUCCAAGGAUUUGAUACUGUGUGAAGAGCGGUUUGCAAAAGCAAAAGCGAUCAAUAGUAUUUUACGACAUGUUGCUGAACAACUUGGGUAUGACAAAGACGAGCAGUUGGAGGAUCUAUACAUGAGGACAGCCUGGCAUUUUGAUAGGAAAGAGAAAAAGAAAGCUGCCGCUUAUGAUGUUUUCAAGAGAGCAAUUGCAGAGCCUCAUGUAUUGGACGAAUGUGACAUUUCUCCUGAAGUAAGGGAAGCGCUUUUGGAAGACAUCAGGAAGAAACUCACCCCUCAAGCAGUCAAGAUUAGAGCAGACAUCGAGGUGUCGUGUUUCUCAUAUGACGGUAUUGACGCGAUCAAAGAAGCUUUGAUUGCUGGGAAAAAUUGCUCAACAGAUUCGAUGCCAAUUAAGAUCAAUCUCAUUGCUGCUCCACACUUUGUCGUCACGACGCAGACUCUUGACAGGGAACAUGGGCUCACUGCUGUCAAUGCCGCUCUUGAUGUUGUUAGGCAGACUAUAGAAAAAUACGGAGGAAAGUUUUCAAUCAAGGAGGAGGCUCGCGUUGUUACUGACGUUGAUGAUAAUGACAUCAAGAAGAAGUUAGAGUUGGCUGAGCUUGAAGAGGAGGAAGGUUCUGAUGAGGACGAGGAAGAAAGUGGAGAUGAGGAUGACGUAAGUCUGCUGUACAUUACUUUUCUCGAGCAUUAUUAA